AAUCAAAAAGAACUUUCGAAAUGCCUAACUCUGCGUGAUAUUCGCCGACAAGAUGUCUAGAUAACWGAGAGGAGGACGCCGAAUGGGCUAAAAGCUCGUCUACAAACUCAGCUGUUUUUUUUUUUUUUCACUCUCUGGAAAGAAAAUGGAGUCCAAAUCGGAGGAGGUCGCCACUGAACCUGUAAUUGUUGUUCUUGAUGUUGAGACAACAGGCUUGAAACCAGACGACAAAGUUGUGCAAAUUGCAUGCUUGAAGAUCGAUAAAAAUGGCGACAAGACGGCAUGGAUGAGGUUCGUCAAUCCAAACAUGGACAGCCAACGACARCAAGAAGCAUAUCGYAUCCACAASAUCUCUCCARAGUUCCUMAGCACMAAACCMACRUUCGAGGACGUCUMCRGCAGYUURYUAGSMUUUCUACAAGACGUGGAUGUGAUCGCGUGYCACAAUGCCUUGUUUGACUGGUCGAUGUUAAGUUAUGAGUUUAAACGAAUCGAUGCUUCCAAAGCUGAUGAUUUUGAAAAGAAAUUUCAAUGGCUGGACACCUGGCGCUUAGCAGUUUUGUUCAUGCCCAGUCUGUCCUCUCAUAGCAUGAAAGCGUUAAAAUCGUUUUUCAACAUUUAUCAUACAGAUKCAAGUAUAUCCAAUGCAGUUGACUGUGGAGGAGACUCAUGGAGACAGGGCGACCAUGAUGCAAUGUAUGACGUAUUCACAACAUWUGAAGUCUUGAAGCGAUGCAUGGGUACAAUGGACUUCAGUGAGCUGCUCAAGAAAUAUCCCAAAGCACUUCUAGAUACAAGUCUUUUCGUUGACAUCCAAAGGCUUAGAGAUGAGAACAAAACAACUGAUGAAGACCUCAGGCCCUUAGCAUUCAGAGCAAAGAAAUAUUACACAGCAGUACGUCCAAAGGGAGGAGUGCUUGGUGAUCUUUCUAAAGACUUCCUUAGAAGAAUGACAAGGUAUCAUAGAGAUGAUGACAGAACAGAUAGGAGGGUUGUACUGAUMUAUGAAGCCGCCCUCCUGGAUCCUGUCCCUGACCCAGAAAAAGAGUUGGCUCCACCCAAAGAGGCUCACAAUGAGAUAGAUGUAAGUCCUUGCAAAAACCAGUUGGARCGACAACAUKUAGAUGAUAGGGAUGUGGCAAAUCCAAAUCUACACAAAGUAUUAGCAAAUCAACAGUCCCCAAACAUUACAACAGUUCAUAAUAUACAGUCAGAAACAGCACACACUAAGGAAGAAAACAUUACCAGAGAAGUAAAAAAAGAAAUAUUCCCAGAGGAGACACUGACAAAAGAAGAAGAAAUCAUUUCAAAGACUAAUCCCAAUGAUUAUACUGAUAGUGGUAAUGAUAUUGUGAAUGUCAGAGAUUCUCAAGAAAUUGAUGGCAAAGAGAAAGGCAUUUUGGACAUUGAAGAGGAAUCUUCAUCAUCACCAAAGAAAAUAAAAGUUGAAUGAACAUUAUUUUUUAGAGCCACUGAAGAGAGCUCAUUUUUUUAGAAAACUAGUUCCAUGAAUGAUAAAAAGCUGUGAUGUGGCAGGUUYGGUGCUAGCAAUAUUUAUGAAACUUUUUAAACAUUUUAAAGCUAUGAGCUUUGAAUAUUCUUAAGACUGUUUAUUAUUUAUGAAAUAAUAAUGGCCACGCUCAUGCGAAAUAAAAAAAAAUUGAUCAAAAUGAUAGGUAGAUCUUGAAUAAAGUUUAUGUUUGACAUAUAAA